GGUAUUUGUAAUGUAAUGGCAACGUUGGAUGACGAAGACCGAACACAACAUGAAGUAGUGGGAAGCUCUCAUGCAGCUCCUACAUCAAACAACGAUGACACCAGCCAUCCUUCAAUAAGUGAACCUCAACCUACUAUUUCUUCACAAGAUGUGUCCAUACCUGCUCCUAACUCCACUCAGCAUGAAGUAGUGGGAAGCUCUCAUGAAGCUCUUACAUCAAGCAACGAUAACACCAGCCAUCCUUCAAUAAGUGAACCUCAACCUACUGUUUCUUCACAAGAUGUGUCCAUACCUGCUCCUAACUCCACUCAGCUCCCAUUUCCCUUUCAACGAGUCAUGCAAUACUUGCUGACUCAUCAUAUGUUCACGUUCCGCAACAUCGACCAUCAUCGCGCGCUCCAUUGCAGCCUGUUCAGCCAACCAUUGGAUAUAUAGACAUUGGAUAUACAGUUAGAUUAGACAGCCAACCAUUGGCAACCUGUUCAAUUGGGAUACCAACCAGGGGUCCCGAUCGACAACGCUUGAUCGAGAUGUAUCGCAAAGUGUACGAGAUCCCACAUUUAUUGGCCAAAUGCCCUAACUUCAUACAACUGCGGUACUUUGUAAUGUGCAUCCCUACGUGCCUCUUACGUGUGCCCCUUCGUUGUGUAUACGCUUCGUCGCGUCCCCCCUCUGAUGUCCACUUUGUCGUGUGCUCUCCUUUACGUACCCUUUUCGUGUGUCCCAUUCGUAUGACCCCUUUGUCAUGUGUCCCUUUCGUGUACCCCUUUGUGUGUCCACUUCCUCAUGUGCCCCCUUCGUGCACUUCCUUCGUUAUGUGUCCCCUUUGUUGUGUGUCCCCUACGUGUACCCCGUCAUGGUAUGUGUUAAGCCGGGUGCACACUGCGAAACGAUACGAUAACGAUAGGGAAAUCCCCAAACCUUAACCGACUGCUCCCUGAUUCGUUGAAACGACGUUUACGAUUGUUAACGAUGGACAUACACAUUGCUUCCGACGGCCAGUUUGCG